AUGACCAACACAACUAAUAGCGCAGACGUUAGGCAAGACUCAAUAUCCGUCGUCUCCGACUCUGCUCAAUUACUGCUUGGUCAAGAUGAAGAACAAUCGCACGCAGCAACAGCCGACAUCCAUCAGAGCGGAAAGGACCUCAAUCCAAAUGAUCCUAGAGACGCCGAUGCACAAAUGACUACCCAGCCGCCGGGCCUAGGACCGGGCUCUGAGAACUUGAGAGAUAUAUCAACAUCUCGUGGGGCUUCAGAUGAGCGAGAAGGCCGUCUAUCCUCUCUUAAUUCUACGUCAGCCUCUAACAAAUCCGUUCUCCGGGACGUACGUUUCGGCCAAGUCGAGCUAUUAGCCCCCUGGUUUCCGGAUGUCGACCCUUCUCACAAAAGAGCUCGCGGCUGGAGAACGUGGCAUUCGAAACGUGAAGUGGUUCUCUGGACGGGUUUUAUAACGUCCACUAUCGUCCUAGCCGUCAACGUAGCCUGUCUCAUAGUUUUCAGCGCCAAAUACGGUAGUACAUCGUAUAGAGGUGUCGUGUCUCUGUACGAAGGCGACUGUACACGGGUCAGAAUUACCGGCAUAGUUUCACAUCUUUGCAUCAACAUUCUUUCUACUCUGUUGCUCGGUGCCUCCAACUUGUGUACGCAAUUAUUAGUUGCGCCGACGAGGGAUGAAGUCAAUAAAGCGCACCGGAAAAAGAUUUGGCUCGAUGUUGGAGUCCCGAGCUGGAGGAACUUGAGAUAUAUCGGAAGUAGUCGGAGGCGACUGUGGUUCUGCUUGGGGCUGAGCUCGAUACCGCUCCAUUUCAUAUACAACUCUGCAAUAUCUACCUCCAUCGCGCAAUAUGGAUACGCUACUAUCGUUGCAAGCGAAAGCUUUCUUCAUGGCGCUCAAAUUGGGAAUUGGACAGAAAUUUCGACUGUUGGGGUAGACCCACGUUUUAACAACUGGCCUUCAACAGCUAUAUGGAACAGCACGCAAGCGUUCCUGAGAAUCCAAGCGAAUGCGCCCAACAGCUCUGUAUAUGAGAAGCUUUCUAACAGAGGCUGUAUCGAAAAAUACUCGAAUGUUUUCGCAGCUCGAACGAGUCUAGUCGUCGUCACAGAAGAUUUUCCAGGGGAUCAAAACUCUUCAGUACAUUAUGAGUUCCAAGGAAACAACGCUCCCAUGAACCCAACUUGCAUCGAUUUAUCGAGAAAUUCACAAUCGCAAUACGAUAAUUGGAAGAGGUUCAAUCGAACAGUCUUGUACUGCUUGACCUUGUUGCAUAAGCAGCCAACACUAAGUACCGUCGGCGACGCUAUAGCGUCCUUUCUUGAUGAUCCCGACGAUGCGUCUGCUCAUAUGGGUCCUGUCACUAAGUCUAUGUUUAGAAGCCACCAGUCCCGUGUCUGGACAGAGCGUAGUGAGAUUAUGUGGCUUCCGCCGAAGACACAGCGCUGGUAUUCAGGCCCAAGUGCGAGGCGAUGGAUUUUUACGAUGACUGUGUGUACACUUGCAAUAGCUGUAGCAUUGGCUUCAGCAAUCCCUGGCAGCCAUGGUACACAAAAACCGAGUCGUGAGAAGACUUUCUCGUGGCAAAUGAAACAAAGCAUCGGGCGCCCGGCUCCCGACUCUUUCACAGCUUACUUCAUGCCGAAAUACGGAACGCAAGGCUUCAUCGCAAACGUCAUCUGGGCAAAUAUGUGGCAGGUCAUCAUUUCGUUUCUAUAUCUCGCCUACAAUGCUCUCUUGACCUGCAUGCUUGUAAGCGACGAAUGGAGCGGCUAUGCCACUGACCGGAAGACCCUACGAGUCACGCAUCCACGCGGAAUCCAAAGGUCCUCGUACUUCGUUUCAAUGCCUUACAAAUACGGCAUCCCUCUUAUGGCCGCCAACACAACGCUGCACUGGCUGGUAUCACAGAGCAUCUUCGUUGUCAGCACGAUCGCAUAUCUUCCAAACCUCGUCGAGGAUAUAUCCAACUCUUAUACGGCGGUUACUGGGUACAGUACUAGCGCUGCAGUUAUUUCAAUAUCAUUCGGCACAGCUAUGGUCCUCAUUAUCCUUUUUAUAUCUUGCAAAAAGGUCUCGAGCGGGAUUCCGCUAGCGUCUACAUGCAGCAUUGUCAUUAGCGCCACCUGCCAUCGCCCAACCGAGGAUAUAGACGCGAGUCUCUUGCCCGUCCAGUGGGGCGUUAUCACACCAGGCGGCCAGACUCCAGCUCGGUGCUCUUUUACGACGCUCAGAACCGUUAGACCCCCGCACUUUGCGGAGGAAAUCGGUGGUGAGCGGGAGACUUGCGAGAUGGAAUGGGAAGAAGUGACGGCCUCGAAAGCGAAGAGGGGCUGGAGGAAGGUAUGGAAGCUUAGGCCGUGGAGCCAACGGAAAGAUGAAUAGCAAGACGUGGUCUAUGUCACUUUAACGCCGCUUUAUAGAAGCAUUAUGAUGCCGCAAUAUUUUGAUAAAAUAUGAUGUGCUCGGUUUGUAGAGAUACGGCACACAUAUUAGUGCGAACUGCGAUUUGGGGCUGUAAUCUGGUUUUGAAGUCAGUCGGCCGGACUGACCGGCUCCGGUGCCGGUUCUAAGCCGGUGGAUCUAGUUCCGUCCCUCAAGGGUCUAAGAAUAAGGAACGGGAAAAACAAUUAGGCUAAGAUGUUGGUGGACAGGUGUGAGCAUGUUUCAGGCUUCUGCACUCUCUCCAUUGAUACAUUUCGGAGCUCGGGCUUCAACCAACCGCAAGAUAGAUCUACGGCCAGGUGGUUUUCUGCUUUAACUUCGUAAGUCACACGUGGUUCGAAAGUGGCAUUACGUUUCAAUUGCCAAUAAUAUAGAGAUUGAUAGAGCUAGAUAAGUUUGGAGCCCUC